AUGACAGUUAUACUUUGCAAAAAUUUAAAUGAAAAAAUUAAGUUUUUGGAAGAGUUAGAAAGAUAUUUUAACUCCCCCCCAUCCUUGAUCGAACGACUCGCCAUCAUUCAAUCAAGGAUGGGAGUUAAAAAAAAAAUUUUUUGGGAAAAAAAUUAUAUAUAAAAUAUUUAUAUAUGUUUUUAUUUACUUUUAAAUAAGAGGGUUAAGAGUAUUUAAUAAUUAUUUUUACAGCAAAAAAUUGAAUUAAUUUCAUAAAAUAUGAAUUUUUAAUAUUUUGAUUUGUUAGUUACCCUUUUAAACUGUAUAAAUUUUUAAUUUGUUCCUUAUUGAAUUAAAAAAUUUUUUUUAGAAUCUGUAUUUUUUAGAUUAUUAAGUUUUUAAGCCUAGAUUGAUGGCUAAAUCACUUCGGAUAGUUGAUUUUGCAGCUUUCUAUCGUCCCAAAGCUCUGAAAACAACUUCAUUAAAUAAAUCUUUCCAAGUUUUUUGAUAACUAAUAUAUUUUUAUAUAUAUAAAAAUUUACAUGAUAUGAAAAUCGUUCGAUCAAGGGAUGGGGGUUAAUUUCCCCAAUUUUUAGGAAUUUUUACAGUCAAUCGUUCAAUCAAGGAUGGGGGGGAGUAAGGAAUUAGCUUUAACUUUUGUGACUACAGAUAUUGGGCUUAGCUUUGUAAAUCUCAAUAAUAGAGGGAUUUGUAGAUGGGGUUGGUCGAAUUCCGCUAUCUACUGGCAGUCUGGCUCUACCUAUAUCUGACAGUCCGCUCUACUAGACUUCAAGGUAGAGUAUGCAUAGCCAGACUGCCAGCUAGAGCCGGUUGUUAGGUAGAGCCGGACUGUCAGGCAAAGUUGGACUGUCAGGUAAACCAAGUCAGGUUUGACCAUGGGGUAAAAAGAUAUUUUGCAAAUUAAUACUUUUUUGGCAGGAAAUAUCCUAA